ACAACCCCAACGUUUGCAGUCAGACAGAGCCAGAUCACGCUUCUAGCAUGCAUGCGUGUCGGGUAGGAAACAGCGGGAGACCAUCACUGGCCGUCAGAGUAGUAUAAGGAGCUCAAAUACCGCCCUCGGCUUCUAGCAGUCCAGGUCAUCGCCCAAACACCCGCAUGUCACAGCUCACCACCAGCAUGAUGUUCAAAUACGAGCGUCUCGACAAAGAAAACGCAAUGUUGCUCGUCGUAGACCACCAGGAGGGUCUGUACCAGAUGGCGCGCGACCAGGGCCCGAUAGCUGUGAAGAGCAAUAUCCUCGCGCACGCCGCGCUCGGCAAGGUGUUCAAUCUGCCCACGAUUUUGACCACCAGCGCAGAGACUGGCCCGAAUGGCCCGCUCCCGCAGGAGAUCAUCGACAUGCACCCGAAAGCGCCGUUCAUCAAGCGCAACGGGGAAGUCAAUGCCUGGGACAACGCCGAGUUCCGCGCCGCCGUGAAGAAGACAGGCAAGAAGCAGGUCAUCAUCGCCGGCAUCACCACCGACGUGUGCACGGCGUUCCUCGCGCUCUCGCUGCGCGCCGAGGGCUAUGCCGUGUUCGCGAACAGCGACGCAUCGGGCACAUUCGACGUCAAGACGGCGGAAGACGCCAACGACCGGAUGCGCGCGGCGGGCGUGCAGGUCCUCUCGCUCUUCGCGAUCGCGUGCGAGCUCAUGCGUGACUGGCGCAACACGCCCGGCGCCAAGGAGAUGCUGCCGUAUUUCGACAGGUACCUCCCCGAGUACGGCAUGCUCGCUCGCGCCCACGAUGCGGCAGUCAGGACUGGUACGCUAUCAGGCCUGUAAAGCCCCGACUCCCGGGCCUGUGGGCUCAAUGUACAAUAUACGACUGUAGCUGCAAGAUUGAAGUUUGUGACCUAAUCCAUGUAUGCACCGAAGUGGCUACGCUAAUCAGCGCAGGCCAACGGACGUCAAUAGUCACUGUAUUAGCGUGCUUUUGCGAAAACCUGCGGAACG